UUCGCCUGUUUUGAGCAAACCCACGAUGCGCGCGCUGCAAAACAGAAGGAAAUAUACGAAAAAGCAUAAGAAACAAGAAAUAUAUAGAGUACGACCGCCUUCCAUCCUCCAAAUAGGUUGGCCUACGUAGGUUGGGCUCUUUUUCUCGAUUUCGGCGAUACGACGAAGAGUGUAGAGUGUGUUGUGUGCGUGUGUGAACUCGGCUCUUUUUCGAUUGAGUUUGCGUUUGCGUUUGCGAGCGGACCACCACCACCACCACCAACAAAAGCGAAACGGCCUGCUGUCGUAUUUUUUGUUAUUCCCGAACCGACGCUCCACGCCAACGGAACGCUCGAGCAGCCAGCGGCAGCCAGCAGCAGCAGUGCAGAGCGGAAUAUAUAGAACAAAUUUGAGAGAAAAGAAAUAAAAGGAGCCAACUCAGAGGCCCCCAGCAGUGGCAGUACGGAAAAGCACGCGCGUCAUCGUAAAAACGUGCUACGAAAUCGGCGGUAAUAGCAAGCAAAUUACAUAAAAACCAAGGAGGAGCAAUCACAGCACAACCAUGACCGAUGUCAGUGCAAAUAGUUUGGAUGUAUCGGUGGAUGUGGUCUGGCCGACGAUAAUUGUCCUGGCCAUGCUGGUCAUAAAUGGCUUCGUUUUCGCCUACAUUAUGCGCAAGCGGCGGGAGUACAAGAGCCAGGAGGAGGAGCUGCAGCAACAACAACAACCUGUUCCACACGCAACCUACGCGGCCACUUCGCCCACGGAACGGCAUGCGGAUGCGGAUCAGGAGGACGAUAGCUGUGCCAUCGAGAUGGAGCGACUGUAGGGAUGCAGGGAGAUCGCACUAGUUAAGCUCUCUGAUACUCAACCACUAUCGUCCAAGCUUCUCAACUGCAACGAAGUUUCCUAAGCCAUAUAAGUAGUAUCUCUAGAUUGAUAGAUACAAAACGUAUACGUCGAGUGCCUGGAUAACGGAUUGCACGUGCAUUUAAUUACGUUGUUUUUAAGUUGUUAUAUCGCUAAUUCAAAUUUUCUACAAAAGUAUACAAUAAAUGUGUGAAUUUUAUCAUGCGGCAUCGAGAA